AUGGGCCCCAAACCAAAUAAUGGCUCGCAAGUCGAGACAGAGAAUCAAGGGAAAGAUACUCUUGUGAGCACAGCAGAGCAAGGAAUCGAGGAGUAUCAUCCGAGUAAGACACAAAGCAAUAUCACUAUUGUUAGCUGUUAUAUUGCGAAUUUCAGUGAUGGAUUUCAAAACAGUCUGGCAAAUCCGACGAACGUGAUCUUCAAAGAUCUCCUGGGCGCAAGUGAUUUCACCUCGGUGAUGAAAACACGAAUCAGCAACUCGCUAAUUGUUGGUGCCAUUUUGGGAGUCGUUGUGUUGGGGUACACAUCCGACAUGUUUUCUCGAAAAGCCGGACUGCUUGUAACCUCGUCGCUCGUGGCGGUUGGGACUUUAAUGUCGACGGUCGCGUUGCAGGUAAAUCCAUCCCAGAACAUGUUAUGGUAUUUUGUGAUUGCUCGUGGGAUUGCGGGAUUUGGGGUAGGAGGAGAAUACCCUCCCAGUGCAGCAGCCGGUAUUGAGGAAUCAGAUGAUUUAAUGAGAAAAUAUCGGGGUCCACUCUUCGUUUCCUUUACAACGCUCAUGGCUACCCUCGCCAGUCCGAUUUUGCAAAUCAUUUACCUGAUUUGUUUGAUUGCCAGCAACAAUGAUUUGACUAUUACAUUUCAUGCUAUAUAUUCGAUCGCUACAGUCCUUCCCGUGGCCAUCAUUAUCCUGCGACUGUUUAUGGUGGACUCAACAUUAUUUCGCCAUUCAAACCUUACGAACCAACGACAUUCCCCGCAAAUCUAUCUUCUUCUUGCUCGCCGUUACUGGUGGAGAAUCUUCACAACUUCCUUCGCGUUCUUCCUAUACGACUUCAUCAACUUCCCUAACAGCAUUAUGUCGAGCAGCAUCAUCUCUUCGCUUGUCAAGGAUGGUGAUAUCCGACAGACAGCUAUAUGGCAGGUUAUUCUAGCCGUGUUGCCCGUGCCUGGCGUGUUGAUUGGAGCAUGGCUAACCAAUGUAAUUGGUCGACGCAACACUGGUAUCCUUGGACUUGCAGGCUACGUAGUCCUUGGCUUUAUUAUCGGAGGAACGUACUCCAAGCUAUCCAAGAACAUCGCCGCCUUUGUUGUGCUUUACGGAUUGCUGCAGGCCUUUGGCCACAUGGGCCCGGGAGCUACAAUUGGACUAAUUUCUACCGAGUCUUUCCCCACAGCGGUCCGAGGAAUGGGGUAUGGAAUUGCCACGGCCUUUGGAAGAACGGGAGCAGCGGUAGGAACGGAGUGUUUCACACCAUUGGAAGACGCCGCUGGCAUAAAUUCAACAUUCUUCCUUGCAGGUGGCGUUGCGAUUGUCGGUAUCCUGGUGUACUGUCUUUUGCCUGAGAGCAGCAAGCUCGAUCUAGCGAAGGAGGACAGAAUGCUAGAAGAGUAUUUGGCUGAACAUGGAUACCAUAUCGAAAAGGGAAACCCGAUGGCUUCUUGA